AUGUCCAGAGUGGAGGCCCUGGGAGAACCAGACCUUCGAUCUCAACUCAGGGAGUUCCGAACAGACAUCGCCAUGGCUAUCGAUGACGCCUUCCCAUUGGUCCAUGGGCUAGUGGACCGCAACAUUAUUAGUGACCAGUUGCUUCAGGAGACCUUGGAGAGGGAGACCAGAGAGGGCAUCCACAAGGCCAUGUACUCCCUCCUGUCCUGGCUGCUGGAACAGGGCAGGAGCACCAUCAAGGCCUUCUGGAGCAACCUGGCCAAGGACUACAACCAGGACCGCUACCCCCGGCUCCAGGCCCUCCUCGCCAGCCUCCAGCCCCCCCAGCAGGGCUCUGCGGCCAGCUCAGGCUCCAGGCAGGGGAAGGGGUCCCCCGGAGGCUCCAGAGCCCACAGCAGGAAGAGGACCCUGGGCGACGGAUCAUCUGCCCACCACCAACACUCCCACAGUCAGUCCCAUGCCAAGAGAAGCACCAGCACAGGCAGCAGAGCGAAGGGGGUGAGGAAGAGUGAAGCUCCAGCGGUGGCUCAGGUCCCGGGGGAAAGUGGUAUGCAGGCGGUGUCCACCUCAGUCCAGCGGGCUGUCACCUUGUCUUCCAGUGAGUUCCCUGUCAGCUGUGGGGCCAGAGAGGAGAUCCUCAUCAAACAGGUGUUCGGCUCUGGAACUGCCAAAAAGUGCAUCAAGGUGGGUGGUGAAUACUUUAGCUCUGGUCCACUGGAGGAGAUGACAGGGGGGCUCAAGUCGAAGGGUGCAAGACCAAAAGUCAACCACAAGGGGGAGCCCUACACCAGGACAAUUGAGGUAAAUCACACAAUCCCUCUACAAACCUGUCCAUGGGCCUACUGUAUGCUUUCUGAAAAGGGUUAGCGUGUGUGACUGCAUGAUGCGUGUGUCCAGGUGCAGCGCAAUGAUGACGAGUGUGGCGUGUGUAAAGAUGGAGGGGAGCUCAUCUGCUGCGAUGGCUGUCCCAGAGCCUUCCACCUGGCCUGCCUCGACCCCCCCCUCAAUACCAUCCCCAGUCAUGCGGUGGUGAGCGAGGGAACAGGGAAAGAAACCAGCCAGCUGAGCUUGGCUCCUCCACAGAGGACCGAGACCAGCUCCAGCAACUCCACCAUAGACAUCUCCUUCUUCUCCUCCUUAUCCUCCGCCUCCCUCUCCAGCGUCACGGCAACCAAGAGCAACCACAGUUCAGGAUAUCAGUGUGCCGGUGGACAGGUCAUGGGGGUCAGGGACAUGUGUGGGGUCUGCCUCCUCAGUGGAGGAGACCUGACCCUCUGUCUGCAGUGCCUCCAGAGCUACCACACCUACUGCCAUUUCUCCACUGGAAGGUCCAUCUGCACUUCCUGCACUAGGACCUGGGGCGGCUUAGCGGACAGAGAGGCUGAAUCCAGGGGCUUACAGGAUCCACACUCGCUGGGCCCCUCCCUCCCAGAGCCCAGCCUACAGAAGGACGAGCUGGACUCCAUCAUUGGAGAGCCAGGCUCCAUAGAUGGGAUUCUGCAGUGGGCUUUCCAUAACAUCUCCAGGCCUCUCUCCGACACUCAAGCCUACUUCCAAUGAUCUCAUGUCAUUUGCAGAAGAUCGCAAACACACACAUGCAAUUGUGCUCACAUGCGGUCUUACACACUUGAGCACACACACACACCACUAGACACACAUGCACAUACAGUACUGCAGUACUCUGUCCACACAUAUAAACACACAUAAACACACAUACUGUACACACAAAAACACACACUCUUUUUCAAUGCCUCUGAUGUUAUCUCUCUUUGUCUCUCUCUCUCUCUCUCUCAUCCUCCUUUUUCCCAAGUGUUCAUGCUUAGAGCAGAAAGAAUUCACACCCACACAGAAACAGAUGGUUUUGUUUGCAUGGGUUACACACACACUGAGAAAAGAUUCAGUUUGAUGAAGAAUUCCUUGAAGACCGUCACUUAGAUCUGGAAUGUUGUUUUUGUCAAAGUUUCAGGAGUUUAGCAUAACUGCUAGAUGAAUGGACUUUUGCCAAGCAGAAGAAAGAUUUUUCUUCUCUCAAACGGUAUUUGGUUACCAUGGUUACCUGCUCCUCAAGGCCCCAAAACAAGGAUGAGGAAUGCAGAGCUGUGGACGUUAACUCUCAAUGGCGCGUGAAAGACACAGUCUAUAUUUGGAGACCUCAAGCAAGGAUAUGCUUCAGGCUUGAAUGGAAAAGAAAAUUUAGGAAUCCACCCUAUUUUAAAAUAAAGAAAGAAAUGAAGGAAAACGUUUUCUUUAAAUGGCUAUAAACAUUUAAGAACUAUGACAUGUGGCUAGGAGUGUUAGCUGCGUGCCCAGGCAUCCAUGCAGUUACAUAAUAGUAAGCCUUGGCCGACCAUGAGAGAUAUGACCUACAUGAUAGAAGGAAAUGAGCCAAACAUUAACCACAUCUUUGUGAAGAGCAACAAUGAAUCCUAUAGGUGGCAGUCAUGAGACAGACAAAUACUGAUAAACAGGGACUUUCAUUGCCAUCCUUCAUUGACAUUAGAGUUUGUGUAGUAAACCUUGAAUAAAC